AAAUCAAAAAGAUAAAACUAAGAAUAGGAAUAGAAACCGUUUAAAAAAAAAAAGGAAUACGAAUAGAAAUAGGAAAAAAAAUAUUAAUAUAUACAAAAAGGGGGAUUAGGAUUAUUAAGGAUUAGGGUUUGAAAGAAGAAAGAGAUAAAGAGAGAAGAACAACAAUGUCAGAUGAUUUAGGGCUUCUUACGUACAAUGUGAUGAUGGCAGAGGAUAGGAGGAAGCGGAGGAAGCUUCGUCAAUUGUUGGCAUCACAACAACCCCAAACCAACAACAACUCUGCUCUCAGCGAGAUCGAUCAAGAUGAUGAUGAUGAUGUUAUUGCUGAUGAUGCUCUUCUCGAUUACGGUCGCUGGCGGCUUGGGAUCAAACUAGAGGAAGAGGAAGAGGAAGAUGAUGAUUUUAAUGAGGAUGAUAUUGUUUUUGUUGAUGAUGACGAUUAUAUACUCAUUCAUCCACAUACUAACAAGCCUAUUCAGCGGAUCUCCACCACCCGCGUGAUCCAGAUUGAUGAUAAUGAACGGCGAACUCCGAUGGUUGAAGGGCCGACAACUAUUCCCACUCUUCCUGAUCCUAUCCGAUCCGAUCCGACACAACCAGUUAGUGGCGCAGGGGUUGAUGGGCCAAUAGUGGGACCUGAAAUUGGUGGCCGCAGCAGAGAAUGAUGGAUUGGAAAGAAAGAAGUCAAGGACAAACCAUGUAAAUUUAGUCUUUUGCUUUUGGAAAUACUUUAGAUUCAUUCAACAAACAAACUACUACACUUUAGUAAUUACUACUACACUUUAGUAAUUACUACAAACACUUGUCUUCACAUCUUUAGAGAGUGUGAAGUUGCCAGGGCUCUUUCGAUAUCGGGCAGUUUUCCAAUGGUGAUAGGUAACUUUCCUGGUUCGUCCAUGAUAGAGUUUGUGGAACACUUGAUGGUGGAUAUACCGGUCAGCCUCAGGAACGCUUUUUUGGUACACAUGGCGUGUGUCUUUGAAGAAAUAUGGAGACUGAGAAACGGUAUUAUGUUCAAAGGGGGACAGCCAAAUUUAACGACAUCUACAAUGCGUAUCAGGAAAAACUUUGGAGAGUAUAUGUGCCAUUCCGAGAGGGAAGUGUUAAGCCCAAGUACUCCUAACCAUUUCCCUUGUGGCCUCGGAAGAGAUACUGAACUGGUUUUAAUUACUGAUGCAGCAUGGUCUGCGGGCAUGGCUGGGUUGGCUGCAGUUUUGAUUAAUUUGCGAGAUGGGUCUUGGAGGUUCAAGGUUCAGUUGGCAGGGGCAGAGUCUGCUCUGGAAGGUGAAACCAAAGCAAUUUGGAUGGCUAUAUCUUGGAUUAAACACAGGACAGAUGCUUCAAUAGGGAUAGCCUCAGAUUGUUUAAUUGCUAUCCAGGCCUUGUCAAAUGGGAAAUGUGUGCCGGAUUGGAAGUUCUUCAAUAUUUCUCUAGCUAUUUUAGAUUUAGUUAAAAGUUUUAAAGCUUGUAAUUUUAGUUUUGUUAAGCGUUCGAACUUGUUUUUUGUUGAUGGUUUGGCCAAAAGUGUUAGAGUUUCGACACUGGCUGUUGGUGAUUAUGUAGGGGAGGGCAUUCCCCCUGUAGUGCCCAACUUAUUUUCCCAGUAAUGAACUUAUUGUUCCUUCAAAAAAAAAAAAAUACUUUAGACUUGAUAUGCUCCUCCAUGCCAUCUUUGUUGAGAUAUAAUCAACUUGAUGCCAAAAUCAGUACAUUCAUAAUUCCUACUUAGUGUAUUCUCUUGAAAUUUCAA